AGAUUUAACUUAUAGUCUUCUCUUAUCUGUAGAACUGAUUUUAUUCAUUGAAUCAGUAGCCAUAUUUGUUGUGCAAGCUGUACCUUUAUUUCAUAGGCAAUUGUUAAUUUUUAGGAGAAUCUCGUAUUUUUUAUGCUGUAGACAGUCACCCUGAAUUCCUAACAUUCAUGAAUAAUCACUGUCCAGUAUCUGACAGAAUUGAAUUAAAAGUUGGAGCCCAAGUUAUGCUUGCAAAAAAUUUAGAUCUUCAGAAAGGUUUGGUGAAUGGGGCCCGUGGUGUUGUCAUUGGUUUUAACAGUGGUAAAGAAAAGUUACCAAUUGUGAAGUUUGUGUGUGGAGUACAAGAGAGUGUCAACUAUGAGAAAUGGAUAUUUCGAUCUCAUAGUGGAUUGAUGUUAGUACGGAAGAUGUUACCUUUAAAAUUAGCUUGGGCUAUAUCCAUUCAUAAGUCUCAGGGAAUGACUUUAGAUUGUGUUGAGGUAUCUUUGUCUCGUGUAUUUGAAUGUGGACAAGCAUAUGUUGCCUUAUCUAGAGCUCGCAGUAUGGAAGGACUCAGAGUGCUUGACAUUGAACCUACUAGCAUUCGAGCUGACCCUCAAGUCUUAAAAUUUUAUUCAGAGCUUCAAUGCACAAGAACCUACCAACAAAGUGAAAUUGAUGAUUACAUGUGAUAUUAAUGUGUAUUAAUACAUAAUUUCAAGAAUUUUUAUGGUGCAAUUUCUAUGAUUUCUAUGAAACUAUAUAAAAUGGUAUAAGAUUUUAUUUGGUGCAUUAUUGAAUGUUUAGCAUCUUGUGCUAAAAAACCAAACAAAUGAGCAAAAGUAGACGUUAGUACUCUGCAUUUUAUGUUUUAAUGAAUAAUGCUUAAUAUUUUACUGAAACUAAUUUAUGAUCUUUGUCUUUAUUUUUUGAAUCUCAUGUUCGUAUGUUACAGAAAUACUUUGAUAAGGUAUAUUAUUUUCAGCACUGUUAUAUAUCUCUGUUAUUUAAACAGUGUAACUAAGAAUAAUAGGAAUAUUGGACGAAUGAUAAUUUUAAAAAGGUCAAUAAUCAAGUAGAAUAUUUUAUUUUUAUUUUUAAUGUUUUGAAAUAUGAAACACAUCAUUUCAUUUGAUCUAAAUUUAUCAUGAGUAAUAGAUGAAUUCUUCUAUUCAAUUUAUAAUGUCAAAUGAUUACUUGUUUUGGAUUUUGCUAAUAAUAACAAUUUUUAUAAUUUUUUCCAACUGUAAACACAUUUUUGCAAAAAUGCAAAUGUUAAUUUAAAAUAUAUUGCCUUGAAAGAAUAUAAACGCGAUGAUUAAUAACUACAUUCCAAAUUAAUUUAAUAAUCCUAUUAAUUUAAUAAUUCCAAAUUAAUUUAAUAAUAUAUUUAGUGAUAAUUUUUACUAGUCUGGUCCAAAGUGUUUAAAAAUAACAGAUGAUUGUUCUGCAUAAAGAUCACUCUAUAUUUAACUUUUAUUGAGAUUAAAUAUACAAUCAAUGAAAAUGUUUAGAUUAUGUUAAAUUCACGGUGAUUUAACGCACAUGACUUUAUAAAAUUGAUUAGUUUAAUUAUUGGUACUGUGAUAUUUGGCAAACUCGAUCUUUUAGCACACAAAUUUUUCUGGUGAAUUAUGCAGUGGUUAAUGAAUAUUUCCCUUCCUGUGACCUUCUUAAUAUCUUGAAAUAGCUUUCCCGAUACUCCUAACUCCAUGCUCGACAUUGCUCGUGCUCCAUCUGUCGAUAUACCAAUAAACUUUUCUAAUGAAAUUGAAAAAUUUUCCAACACAGACUUUAGUUCAUUGUACAGGUCUUGGUUGUAGUCCCUUGCAAUGUAAUCAGUGAACACAAUUCUUCGGUAAUAUUAAAUUUGGUAUCAAUACCAGGUAAAAAUAUAGCCAGUUGUGCUGUAUUGCUAAUAUUGCAACUCUCAUCAAGUGCCAAAGAACAGUAUUUGAAUUUUGCAAUGUGUUCACGAAGCAUUGUUGCUAUGUUCUUGGACAAGUCUUCAGUUCUCCUUGCAAUGGUGAAUUUCGAUAAACUAAUGUUUGAAAUAAUAUUUAUUUUAUCAGGAAAUGCUAUUUCUGCAACAGCAGUCAGACAUUCUUUUAACAUCUCUCCAUCUGCAAAGGGUUUCAUUUUUUUGCCAGUAUUUGACUGACAACAAAACUAGCCUUUACUGCCAUAUUUGAUAAAAAAUAAUUUGAUUUUUAAAAAUAGCCUGUUGUUUUCCCAAGUUUUUCUCCAUUUGAUUAAACUUAUCUAUCCCAAGUUGUCCUGUGAAGUUUUUAUAUUGUUGUUCAUGU